AUGUCCCAGACUGACUCAGAUGCAAGUCACCCGCGCCGCAAGCCAAUCGGUCUUUGUAUCCCUUGCACAAAACAAGGGUGCAACCGCUGGUUUAAGAAUCGGUCAGGGUACACACAGCACACAAACGCUAAGCACCCCGUGUUUCCUACAUCGAGUCAGCCAUCCAGGCCUUUUUCGCCAAGUCCUGGGCUGCCUGACACCAUGGAUUUGGGUGAUGCUGGCGCUAUGGACUUUGGAGAUGAUGGAAUCAUGGACAACAACGAUCCUGCGCAACAAACGGCUGAAUUUUUUGGCCCUGGCGGCUGGCUGUACAGAAACUAUCACCCAUUUUUGUCCGCUCAACCUUGUGAUCUGGAAGGCAACUUCCUUCCACCAGGAACCUCACCUCCGCCACUCACUGACAAGGCACCAGAUGACUGGACACCCUACAGAAGCUGGGUAGAGUUCGAGCUUGCCGAUUAUCUGUUCACGAAGAAUCAGACCCCCGCACAUUCUAUUGACCAUAUACUCAAUAUCUGGGCAGCUUCGCUUAUACACGCCGGUAGCAAAUCAACUAUAUUCUCAGAUCACCGCAGCGUCUAUAAGGCAAUCGAUAACACUCCUCUCGGCGAUGUAAAAUGGGAAUCGUUUACUGUCAAAUAUACUGGUGAUAUUCCAGAGGAAGGCGCAGCACCAUGGAUGGCAGAUAGCCACGAAGUGUGGUUCCGUGACCCCCGCGAAGUCAUUCGCAAUAUGCUCGCUAACCCUGAUUUUGCUGCGGAGAUGGACCUUAGACCUUAUUGCGAGUUUGCAACCGAGAAUGAUGAGCACCAGUGGAAAGACUUUAUGUCUGGAGAUUGGGCUUACAAACAAGCGGACAUUAUCUCUGAAGAUACUGAUACUCAUGGCUCUACAUUUGUGCCUGUGAUUCUCGGGAGCGACAAAACAACGGUUUCGGUCGCAACAGGACAAAAUGACUAUUAUCCUCUCUAUGCAUCUAUUGGAAACGUCCAGAACAACGUGCGCCGUGCGCAUCGCAAUGCUGUCGCUGUUGUAGGGUUUUUUGCAAUGCCGAAAACUACCAAACAGCAUGCCGAGACAAAAGAAUUCCAAAGGUUUCACCGGCAGUUGUUUCACUCCUCACUCUCAUAUAUUCUCAAGAGCCUGAAGCCCGGCAUGACAACGCCUGAGGUCGCACAUUUUGGGGACGGGCACUAUCGCUGUGUCAUCUAUGGACUUGGGCCUUAUAUCGCAGACUAUGAAGAGCAAGUACUACUUGCAUGCAUAGUUCGAAAGUGGUGCGCUAAAUGUCUUUCACAUUCCAAGGCCCUUGACGAGAUCAAUAUCUUUCGCUCAAGACGUCAUGUAGAUGCACUCAUUGAGGAGUGCGAUUUCGAUACUCUGUGGGCGGAGUAUGGUGUAAUUGCCGUCCUCGUGCUGUUUACGAACGAUUUCCCUCACGCUGACAUCCACAAGUUACUCGCACCCGACCUUCUCCAUCAAAUCAUCAAGGGGUCAUUCAAGGAUCAUUUAGUUGAAUGGGUUGAGAGAUACCUCUUGCAAGAGCACGGAAAGACACGGGCUAACAUCAUCCUCGAUGAUAUCGACCGACGAAUUGCAGCAGUUCCUCCUUUCCCUGGCCUGCGCCAAUUUCCACAAGGACGUCACUUUAAACAAUGGACCGGUGACGACUCAAAAGCCCUUAUGAAGGUAUACUUGCCCGCAAUUGAGGGUCAUGUCCCUGAAGAUGUCGUGCGCGCAUUCAGCGCCUUUCUCAAGUUCUGUUACCUUAAGUCCCUCAAGGAGAUUCAAGAUGCACUCACUCGUUUUCACCAGUACCGUGAAAUUUUCAAGACCACCGGAACAGUGAUGACAUUUUCGCUUCCACGACAACACUCAAUGGUACACUACGUCCAUUGUAUUCGGCUCUUCGGUGCGCCAAACGGCCUAUGCUCUUCAAUCAUGGAGUCGAAGCAUAUUAAAGCCGUCAAGGAACCUUGGAGGCAGUCCAGCCGAUAUAACGCACUCGGUCAGAUGCUCCUGACCAAUCAGCGUCUAGACAAAUUGACAGCAUCGCGUGUGGAUUUCCGCACUCGUGGGAUGCUUGCAGGUACCUGCUUAUCAUCUGUUCUUGCAGCACUUGGUACGUGUUAUUUCUUGCUAUUGGUACAAACAGAAGGGAAAAAGCGUGCCCAGACCAUUCCUGCAUUGGCCAAUGAGCUCGCUAUCCCUCACUUAGCUGAUCUUGUUCGAGACUUCCUCGUCGAACAACUGUAUCCGGAAAUGCGCGCCGCAGAGAUUCCCGAAAGCAUUAUGGACUGCCCUCGUUACGAAGGAAGGAUUCGAGUGUUCAAUUCCGCAGUGUCAAUGUUCUUCGCACCAAGCAACUUGAGUGGCAUUGGUGGGAUGAAACGCGAGCACAUUCGUGUGUCUCCCAAUUGGAGAAACGGGCACACACGCAAAGACUGCGUGUUUGUUAUUACUGAUCCAAAUAUUCAUGGAAUGCGGGGCAUGGAUGUUGCCUGGGUACUGACAUUUUUUUCAUUUCGGCUCAGAGGUGGAUUUUAUCCAUGCGCGGUUGUCCAGUGGUUCAACCAAGUCGGCAACGCACCAGAUGACGAGACAGGCCUAUGGAUGGUGGAGCCAUCUUCUAUCAAUGGCCACGCGCACUUUGCAGUGAUUCACGUUGAGUCAAUUUUUUGGUCUGCUCAUCUUAUUCCUGUGUAUGGUAUUGAACCGCUCCCCAUGGCCAUUAAAUCCCACCAUGCCCUUGAUAUAUUCACCCUCUUCUACGUGAACAGAUACGCUGACCACCAUGCCUUUGAAAUAGUUUGCUAG